AUGUACAAACACACGCUCACAUCGCCCCAGGGCCUUUCCGGAGGAUUUAGGGAGGUCGCCAAGUGCAAGUCAUGUCCGUUCGAGCUUGAAUGGGCGGCUGUGGAGAAAUAUCUGAACAAAGAGGCGAGCGAGAACUUCAAGACCGCCGGGAUUGGCUUCCGCCUCCGUUUCCUCUCCAAGAGCCACUUGGCAGCGAAGCACGUCGAUGACCAGGUCUACGGCUGCCACUUCUGCAUACAGCUCGGUCGUACGACCCAUCCGAAUGAUGCCACGGUUUUCUUCAGCCAGAAACAGAUUUUCAACCACCUCGCCCGGCAUCCUCGACCGUUGCCUCAUGUCCCAGGCCUGACGGUGGUCGAGAAUACUCACAUUGGUCUCCAUGAAAAUAAUUACGACUUGCAUUUUACGAUCUCGCCAAUUCAAUCUCACCUUUCGACCAUGGUGAGCGAUCUUGCUGCCCUUGCGACGGCCACUGCCAUCCAUACCUAUAGGCCUACACCGACAAGCAGUGUUAAGGUGCCAAGAGACGGCCACGAAGUUGUUCACUUCGCCUCUGGUGCGAAGAUACUUGGCGUGGUUUUCCCUGAACAACGAUAUCGAGGGGAGUGGUGUCUCGGAUGGGCGGAUCAUCGAUACGGGGCCUUCCCAGCGGAGAUUCUCAAACACGACGGUUCCCUCAAGGGGGACAUGAUAUUGCCAUGGUCAAGCUGCAGGCGCGCCAUCACCAGAUGGAGGUUUUCGGCACAGGACAAGUUGAGUGAGUGGCUUUCAUUCAGGAAAGGGGAGAUCAUCACAAACAUUGGCUGGCCUCACCAGGAGUACUGGUUCUGGAGCGGAACAAACUCGAAAGGCAAGACCGGCAUAUUCCCACGUUCUCACAUUGAGCCCGGUUCGCUCGUUGAGGUCACCUCGGGAUCGGGUCAUUCGAGCAUGAACAACCUACAAGGCUCCUAUGGAAAAUAUCCACAGGCUACGAGAGUCGCAGUUCGGACCUGCCCUUUUCCUCCAGAUGAUUGGGUCUGUCUGUUGCGGAUGCCUCAGGAUCGGAUUCGUUCUUUCCAGUAG